AUGAAUGCCAAUAGCAAUCCAGCCACUGCGAGCAGCAGCAGCAGCAGCAAUCCAGCGGCAGAUUCGUCUCCGCAGGUCGGGGGCCCGCCGCGGGUCAACAAUGCAUGUGAGGCGUGUAGAGCGGCCAAGGUCAAAUGCACGGCGAGCAACAGCCAGUUGGGCAUUUGUCGGCGAUGCUACGAAUCCAAGCGUGAAUGCGUCUUCAAGACCGGCCCUCGGACCAGGAGACCACGACAGUCAAAACUUAACCCAGCAGCAACCCGCCCACAACCACCACCGCCAGGCCCUUCCAAGACCUUCACCAUCGACGUCAGCCUCCCGCAGGACGACCGGCCUCUGAACUUUGACAUGCUCCGGGACUCGCACGAGGCCAUCGUCGACCGCCUCUUCCCGCCGGACUCGCCACCAGCAACAACGGCACCGACGUCAUCAUCGUCCACGUACACCUUUGACUCGGCCUCGUCCCCGUCGGCGACAAACACCACCGCGGGCUCCGCAGCCGCCACAUCAUCCCCCUCCUCGUCGUCAUGCACCACCGCCACCACCAAGACGGCGUCAGCGUCGGCGUCGGCGACGGGACCCCUCCGCCGCCCGCAGUUCAACCUCGACAGCGCCGGCUCGCUGCUCGCCACCUACCGCGACGACAUGUCGCUCUUCUUCCCCGUCCUGUCGGUCCCGGACGGUGCCACAGUGCCCGACCUGGCCCGCGACAGGCCCUUUGUCCUGCUCGCCCUGCUCGCCGCGGCCAGCGGCUCCAGGACCGCCCUCAAGGGCGGCGGGAGCCUCUACGACGAGGAGUUCCGCAAGAUCCUGGCGCUCAAGUUCGUCGCCGGAGGGGAGAGGAGCGUCGAGUUGCUCGUUGGGCUGUUGGUCUAUACUGCUUGGUAUCCGGUCCACCUGCGGCCACGAAACAAACAAUCUGCACAGUAUGUCCGCAUGGCUGUGGAUAUGAUACAGGAUCUCGAGCUUGAUCAGCCCGACUACCUCGAGCAGCACCGGGACCAGCCGCUCGAGGAACUCCUCGAGGGCAUCCGGGCAUAUGUUGCAUGCUGUUAUCUGGUUCUCUCACGAGCGGUAAUGUACAGCCGCCCCUUGAAUCUCCCCUUUACCGCCUGGACGGCCACCUGCUGCGACCUACUUGAGCGCGAGGCCCGCACGCUCGGCGAUCGCAUCCUCCCCUGGCUCCUGCGCCACCAGCAUCUCGUGCUCGAGGUCAUCGCCCUGGCCAAGGACGAGGAGAAGGGUCUGCGCUCCCCGUACCAGGCCGCCACAAUGCUCAGAGGGUUGGACAUGCAGUUCGCAGAGUACAGUGCACGCAUGUCAGAGGAGAUCGCCAACACCUCCGUUAUGAGAUUCACCACCCUCACGACGCAGAUACAGCUCCUGACCCCGCACCUCUGGAAGCCCUCGACCAUCACGCGGACGGCGACGCGCGUAGACCCUUUCCAGGACGCCUCGCGCAUGCAGCUCGCGCUGCCGCACCUCGCCGACGCGCUGUCCUUCAUGGGCGAGACGUUGGUCGGUGAGCGGCAGCUCACCAACCUCUGCAACAUCGACUGGGGCCGAUUCAUCUUUGUAUUCAUCGUCGCCUUCCGCUUCUCCUUUGACAUGCCCACCUGCGCCGGCUGGGAUGCCGCCCUGGCGCGGUCGCAGAUCGACCUGGGCCCGCUGCUGGAUCGCCUCACCGACAGGUCACAGAUGCGGGCGGACGACAAGCCCCGCGGCGGCAUCCAGCAGCCGGGCGACGGGGUUCUUGAGGAUGACGACAUGACAAUCGUUGGGGCCAGUCGGGUCGUUUUUGGCAUGGUCAAAACCAAGUUCGACAAAAGAAUGGCGGCUGUGAAACAGCAGCAACAACAACGGUCGUCCAUCAUGACGGGGAUAUGGUCUCUGUUCGGUAAUGGCGGCGGCGAUGGAGAUGUACACCCAAAAAUAUCUCACGACAAAACGACCAGGGGUUGCCCAAUGUUUGAUGGUUCGCUAGAUAGCUACAUCCCGGUAUGGGACGAGGCCUUCACCGAUCAGACCGGCUCCGGUGUGAGCAUUGCCCCGGGCGGUGCAACUAGCGGAUUUGCGGAUGCGUUUGGUGAUAUUGAUCUAGACAACGGUAUGGAUGGGGCACAGUUCCAGCCGACCCAUGACCUUUGGGCCACCAUGACCAUGGGAUGGGCGGAGAGCGAAUUUUCAGGGCAAAAUCAGCCUUCUGAUGGUGCGGGAGUCAGCUGA